AACCAAAACAAAAGAAGAACAAAAAAACAUACUACAAAACAAGCGCACUGGUAAAUAAACGGUUCAUGCACAUAUUGCGCCCGACACAACAAUGCCCGACGAAAUGAUGACCUGUCCGUACAACAGUGCCCACCGCAUUGUGCGCCACCGGAUGCCGUAUCAUCUAGUGAAAUGCAAGAAGCAGCACGAUUGUGCGCGCGAAAUGCAAUCCUGCCCGUUCAAUGCAAUGCACGUCGUACCGAAGGCAAGCAUCAAAGAGCAUAUCCAGACGUGCCCGGACUAUCUGGUGCAGUAGUAUGUACAGUGUAGAUUCUAAGCUUAAAGGCAUUUACGAAGGCUAAUGCCCGGAAUCAUCGUUGACGCUAAAACAAAAAGUUUAUAGUAAUUUAAGGAAAAGUUAUGGUACGAAAGUGUAUUCAAAUAAAUUACUGGUACGGAAAAUUGGAAGCAAAAAUACAUCCUUUCACGGCCCCGGGUUUUUGGUUCAUUAUAACCACCCGGCAGCGCGUUGCUGUCAUUCUGCACAUGACGCCAAGAAGAGGAGGAAGAAGAACAUCCAAACAACAACGGCGAAUGUCUUCUACCCGUCAUCGUCUUCGCUUCGCGUUUGGUUUCUUGCAAUGCUGCCGGAUCAUCUUCAUGGGUGGUCCUGCAACAUGAAUGCCAGUGCUUGGGAGCGCGUUGAUCGUGUGUAAGCUGCGACAAAAGCAACGCCGCGGCUCAUCAAAAUAUGUGCGGCGGGAUCGUAAAAAGAGACCGUGUUCCGCGUGUGUUCAAUGGCAAAGGCCAGUGUUUUGCGAUGAAAUUGGAUGUGAUACAGCGUGGGCAAGCGCGUAAUACGGAAUAGAUUACAGCUUUCAUCAGCAACGAAAUACACCACAGCACAUAUUUAGCUCCAUUCGUCAUUCACGACGCGGCCGUAAAUUGUCGCCAUUUCGUUCACGAACCUCUGUGCAAGCGCUUUCCAUACUGUUGUGUACGUGGGUUUUUGCAUUUAUUGUGUUUGGGGACAGCUCCAUCGAACAGAUGCAGGUGCCGAGCAAUAUCUAUUGGAGGAACAUAUCACCCCGCCCUUAACACAACACACACACACACACUGGAUGCACACGGGGCAUCCCGUAUAACAUGGUGAUCCUCGUCGAAGCUAUAAUCAAUCAAUUAGUAUUCAAAACAUAUGAACCCUGUGUUUGAUAACCAUCCGGCCCGAGUAGUAGACGCUGGGCGGUAAAGAAAGUUCGAUGUUGACAGUGCUGUUUGUCUAUGAAUUUGGCUCCGGCAGAGUCAUCAACGCGCUUGAAUCGCUUGAACAAUAAUAUUUGUUCCUACACGACACGAGCUGAUCACACCGCAAGAUGACGGAAAUGACGAUGAUCACAGUGAUCGCUUGCCUAACGGCGGUGCUAAUCGUUACCGUUGGUCACUGUAAGGAAAUCAAUCUAACAACGAAUCUCAUAACGCCACCCGAAUCCCGGCCAAUGCUGGAAUCGAUCAACGGUACGCGCAACUAUCGCAUGCACGGCAAAAAGGGCAAGGACGACAAAACCUGGUUCGAUGGGCGGGAAAUGCGCUACAUUUACUGUGUGCGGCCGGCCAAAUGUGAACCGAUCCGGUACAGUACGUGCCUCGGUUCGAACCUGCCGUACCCGUCGAUCAGUCUCGAUCUGACCGAUUCGUACAGCCAGGAGGAAACGCAAACCAAACUGUUCCAGUACAAAGCGCUGAUCAAUGUGCCCAAGUGUUGGGCCGUCAUACAACCCUUCCUGUGUGCCGUGUUUACGCCCAAGUGUGAGAAAAUUAAUGGCCAAGAAAUGGUGUACCUACCGUCGCUAGAGAUGUGUAAGAUAACGCUCGAACCGUGCCGCAUACUGUACAACACCAGCUUCUUUCCGGAGUUUCUCAAAUGCAACCAAACGCUGUACCCGUCGAAGUGCAACAACGAUGUGCGGGAGGAAAUGAAGUUUAACGCUACCGGCCAGUGCCAAAAGCCGUUGGUGGCGGCCGAUUUACCAGCAAACUAUUAUAAAGAAAUCGAUGGAUGUGGUGUACAGUGCAAGGAUCCACUGUACACCGACCACGAACAUCGCCAGAUACACAAGCUAGUUGCGUGGGGUGCUAGCGUGUGUCUGGCAUUUAAUUUGUUCACGCUCGCCACGUUCGCCAUCGAUUGGCAGAACGCGAACAAGUAUCCGGCGAUGGUAAUAUUUUACAUCAAUUUCUGCUUCGCCGUCUCUUGUUUGGGAUGGUUAGCACAGUUUACACCGGGCGGCCGGGAGGAUAUCGUUUGCCGUAAGGACGGUACGCUCCGUACCUCCGAGCCAAGCGCCGGUGAAAACCUGUCCUGCAUAGUGGUGUUUAUACUGGUGUACUAUUUCCUCAUCGCCGCCAUGGUGUGGUUUGUCAUCUUUACCUACGUGUGGCACAUGAGCUUCAAAGCGAUCGGCAAAAUACAGGAUCGUAUCGAUAAGAAGGGUUCCUACUUCCAUCUGAUCGCCUGGUCGCUGCCGCUGGUGCUAACGAUCACCAUCAUGGCGUUGAGCGAAAUCGACGGCAACAGCACGGUGGGCAUCUGCUUCGUCGGCUACCUCAACCAUCCGAUCCGGGGCGGAUUCCUGCUCGCACCGGUACUUUGCGUGCUGCUCGUCGGCGGCUACUUUCUCGGCCGGGGACUGCUGACAUUGAUACGGUUACGUAUCUCCAGCAAGGAGAUAAUCUCCGCCCGGGCAAGCAAAAAGAUCCACCAGACGAUCGUGCGCAUGGGCAUCUGUACGACGUUUACCUUCGUGUUUAUCGUUGCCACCGUGUUCUGUCACGUGCACGAGUUUCGGCACAGUGCGGCUUGGGCGACGGCGUUCCGCAACUUUCUCGUCUGCCAAAUCACGUCCAUCUACAACGAGGACGUGACGAGCAGCUGCCGGAUCGAGCAGCGGCCCAGCGUCGCUAUACUGCAGGUGCACCUCAUCUGUCUGUUUGCGUCCGGCAUCGUGAUGUCGUCGUGGGUGUGGACAAACUCGACGCUCGAAUCGUGGGGUCGAUAUUUUCGGAGGCGCUUCGGCACGGACAUCGACGAACCGGUGAAGCUGCAGAAGCAUAAAGUAAUCGCGCAAGCGUUCGCCAAGCGGAAAGAGUUCCAAAAUCAGGGCCGCCUGUCGAUAUCGUUUCACAACUCGCAUACCGACCCCGUCGGGUUAAAGUUCGACAUCAACUCGGCCAUCGGCAGUCACGAUUUCAGCUCGACCUGGGCAAACAAUCUGCCCCGGUUUGUGAACCGACGCUGUGCGUUGACCGGUGCGGCGACCAGCUCGAGCCACGAUCCGCGCAAAAACUCGGUCGAUUCGGAGAUAAGCUUCAGCGUGCGGCACGUGUCGGUGGAAUCGCGUCGCAACUCGAUCGAUUCGCAGGUGUCGGUGAAAAUCGCCGAGGUAAAGACGAAGGUCGCCAGCCGGAGCAGCCGCAGCGGAACGGUUGUGGUGGGUGCGGCCGGCGGAAAGCAUGCACACAAAUCACGCCACCAGAGCCGGAGGCGCCAUGAUUUUGCCGCUACCGGGCGACGGUACAGUCGGAAGGAGAGCAGCACAUCCGUGGAGUCGCAGAUCGUCACGGCAGCGAUUCAAAAGUCGGCAGGAGGCGGAAGCGCCGGACGGCAUUCAUCGACCGCGGCGACGGGUACGUUCGGGGCCGGUAACAUGCAGCGUCGUACUGGGAUCGGUGCCAUGGACGCGCAUCAAAUCAACGAUUUAAUCUCGAAUGGGAAGCUGUUGCUCCCGUUUCUGCAAGGCCAAGGAUUGACCACGUCGGAGGAUGAUAACGUGUCGGUCGGUUCGUUUAAGCUGCAAGAUUCCAAGUUUGACAUUAUUAUGAAGCAGUUUGAUGGCUCCAGCCGCCGCAUGGGGGAUGGUAGCGUUGUCAGUGGUUGUGGUGGCGUACCCGGCGAAGGAACCACAGCCGGUGGAGGCGGCUGUCGAAUCGAGGAGUAUCGCACCAGUGAGGAUGACGAUGACGACGAUGAGGUUGAAGCAGAGGCACUGCUUAGCGGAAGAAAUAUUCCUCUGCGUCAGAUCACUUCUGGCCGGGAUGAAAUGUUGUCGCGCGAUACUAUCUCGAAGGAUACGGCGGUCGGAGCAGGAACGCGGCUGCACGGCAAAGAGGGAUCGGCCCGUGUGAACAGGGGCAGCAUGACGAGCAAAAGCGUCCGUAGUCGUAAGACUGGAGGCCCCGCUUCUCGGCCGGGCACGAUGAACAGAAAGUCCCAGCAUCAUCAUCGUAGAAAAAAAGAGAAAGCGAGAGAGCGCGAACGUGAGAAAGAUCUGGAGCUGAUGGAGCGCGUACCAUCGCCACCGGGUGGACAGUUUGGCGUUGAGACGAUGUACGAUUUCGUGAACGAUUCAUCCUUCACGUCCUACUGCUCCGAACUGUCGCCGCUGCAGGUGAACAGCUCGUAUUCGGGCGUAUCGCUCGCGAAGACCAACUCACGCAAUUCCAAGCGCAGCUGCGACGUCGGCAUACAGACCAAUGCGCACGAAAUUGCCACCCAAACCAUGUCCUCGUACGAGUUUAACGAGAAAGCGCUCAAGAACGAGGAAAACGCGGACAUCUACACGGAGAACCAUCAGCUGCUUCCGACGCUGCAGCCGAUAGUGCAAGCGGCACCAGCCAAACUCAUCCAACCGACCGGCACAACCGGUGGAACGAUGGUGGGACGAAAGCAGCGCGAUCCGAACGAAUCGGCUGGCAUGAGCGAUGCGGAAAAGCUCAAAAUGCUUCUGCUGCCAUCGAAGUAAUUGUGUUUUCAGCCUCGUCAGGCAUGAUACACGGUUACGAUACGAGCGAUCGAUAGUUACUAGUGGAGUAGACUUUUAGAAAGCGAGAAACAAUCAAUUUAAACCAGGCAUGUGUCUAACAUACGGUCCGCGGGUGACCUUUUGAUGUGGGCCUGGAAAGGAAUUGCGAGCCAUUAGCUAACGGAUUUUCAACCGAAUUUUCCUUACUUUCAUAGAUGGUGUGUGUUAAAAAAUCCAAAAUUUGCCUGAACAUCGAUACCCGGCGAGCUAGCAUGCGUUGGACAUGGCUGGAUUAAACGAUUGUAUUUUAUUAUUAACUGGAGCUAGAAUAGUGUUUGAGUGCCUUAUGCUAAAACCAGAUGUCGUUGAUUUCAUACCGGCAUACCUCGAACCUUCUGUGCUAAUAAUGCAUUUAAAGCCAUACCGAUUUUAACAUACUCACCCCUCCUGCAUGGGGUAGAAUCUCAGAAAUUCAAAUGUUCCAUACUUUUCCAUACUUUUAAACAAACUAAACAAAAAAAAAAUGCAACAAAAGCCAACCUCCAUAUUGUGAAUUCAUAAGCCAAAACAGAAAGACUGAGCAAGACAUACAUCAGCAAGAACAAAUUACGAAAUGCCACAGGAACAACUUAAAGCAACGGACAAUGAGCAACGACAGAGAUAGAUUUAGAGACAUUAUACACACUGAUGAAUCUCGGCAGCAUAUAUAUUUAUCCGCCCAGGAAUGCAUGUGACACGUAUUUUACGAUUGCAGCAAUAUGUUUUAGAUUGACGUGGCCUUUUACUACAAAGUCUAGUGCGGAUUAGCGCGUAACGUUUACGGCUCCAUUUUUGUGGAGAACACUUAUACCUUCGCUCUACCCACGUUCGGAAUAUGCCAAAAUCGAAUCACACGUGCCCCCCCGGGUGUAUAACGAAAAUAUGUUUGUGUUCUCGUUAGUCGGUGCCUAGAUAGUUUAUCUUUUUUACGAUAAACAGCUCGAAAAGAGUGUAAUAAUAAAAACAGAACAAAAGUUUAAUUGUAA